AUGGACAGUGACAUGGACGAGCACUUUCGGAGGAAGAGCAGCAGCGGGAGGAAGCGGUCGGUACCUGGAGAUAUUCUUUACAGAGUAGGCCCAUCCUCGUCCCUGCUGUUGUUUCGAACACGAAUAAGGGCUUCCGGGGAUCUAAAUGGCUACCUUGAAUGAGUUUAUAUAUGUUUCGUUCCACGAUUUAGUACCCGUUUUUGCGAUAUUGUCCAUUGUUUCAUUCAUGGCAUUGUUGUUCUCUUCUUCUCAGCAACUGGAGCAGUACAGAGGAAGGCCUCGUGCUUUUGCUGGGGAAGUGGUAGGAAGCUUGUUGGCCCUUUCGUUACUUAUUACAAUGAAGUUGCUAGGUCCCGUGAAAACAUCGAAGAGUUUAGCUUCCCUUGCGCGCUGCUUACAUGUCAUAAAUAUUCCCCUCGAGUACCUUUUAAGCUGAUUCCUGCAGUCCUUAAUGUCGCCAUAGGUGGAUGUCGAAGGCCGUACCUAAUAAUGCACAUUGUUUACUUUUCAGAAUUUCAUGCCGGAGGAAGACACCCGGUUAGAGACCACACGAGCAAGAUGUGAGCAGUACUGUCUUCUUAUUCAUUUCACAUAUUUGGUUCUGGUUUUUUAGGCACCUUGUUUUUUCUUUUACAGUAUCAAAUGUGCUUAAAAGGCACGAAGAAUUGAAGGAACGUCUUUCAAGGUAAUUUCUAUGCGAAGGAAUUUAUAGAAUCUUGUGCUCAAUGUGAGAGCCUUGGUCAACUCGGGGAAACUUUUUUUAUAAAAAUCAGGUCUAAUCGAAGGGAGUUGAAUUCGUAGAUAUUUGGUCAGACUACUUCUCCCAUUUAUGCCAGCCUGUUGACUAUGCAUACUAUUUUGGAGAGUUGAAGGUUCUCGCCAAUGUGUCUAGAAUGAAAUCUUUGAAUGUGAUCGGAGGACUUCUGUUUAUUUUACUAGGGAUACUGACAAGAUGAUAUUUGAUCGUCUGCAAAAGGAAUUUGAAGUUGCACGAGCUUCUCAGACUGAAGGUCACCCUACUGAGUUUGUUUAUUCUAAGCAUCCCAAUUAGUUUUUAUAUUUUGAUGUCUUUGGACAUGAGGAACUUAUUUCACGUCUGAUGUAAUAUAUGGAGUUUAUGUCUUUACCUUUGGCUGGUUACCAUCAUAUGAAAUAUUAGACGUCACUGUGGUGGCUUUAGUCAUCUUUUCAUUGCUGCCGGAAGAAAACAAUGAUGUGCUGAUUGACUUACACGAGCUUGUGAAAGCAGAGAAACAGAUCGUCAAAGGGGCAUAUUUUUUCCGACGAUUAUUUAUUAGUAAAGAAGGAGGUUAGCCGGUGAAUCAUCACAAGUCUACCGCCUCUCCUUCCAAAGAAUGUAUCAUCUUGGAUCUUAAAUUGUAGUACCUUCUGCAUCCCAAUAAGGCUGGCUUGUUUCCCCACUUCUCGUUCCCUGAAAUAACUCUGGAUUUAAAGUUUUCUUUUGAAGUUUUGUACAUCGUUCUCAGUUGUGAGAAAAAAUGGGACCUCAUUAGAAAGGGUGUGCUAAAAAUAAAAGCAUAUAAUAUGUUGGAAGAAUAAUACGUGAUGUUUAUAGAUGUGCUUUCUUGAUCAAUGUGUUUUUACCCUCACAAAGUAGCCAUAAUAGGACAAAAUGGAGUAUUCAUAGACAUGCCACUGUCUUGUGGUCAUAUUGUUGAUUGACUUUCCCGGGCUGUAUGAGUAUGUUGUGGAGACAUCAAUGAUUUUCCUUGUUUUUUCUCCUCAGCAUCCAUGGACGUCCGUGACAUUUCCUUAAAGAAGGGAGAAAAAUAUGAUGUUUGGCUUUUGGCUCCCUCCAUAUUUGGGUUGAGUAGUUUGUUCUAGAAAGAGUGUGUUCUAGAAAGAGGCAGCACAGAGGAACAAGUUUCAUUUUUUAAGUAACAUGGUGUACUCUUUUGUUUUCUAGUGUUUUUACUUGAUUACAUAUAUUUGUUGUCUUUUGGAAUUCUGAACUCUAAUCCGGGGGGCAUCCUUGUGAGCAAAAUAAACUGAGAGUCGGUUUCUCCCUUUUUCUAUCAUGUUGUAUUUGUUUCGUACAACUUUCACAAGAAAUCUUCCACAUUUGGAGCUUUGUCGUUGCUGAUUUAUAUAUUCUAUCCUCUGCAUUUUCUGUUUCCUCGGUUUGAAGAGGAUGGUUUUACUACUAUGUGCUAAUCUGGACGCGUCAUUGCUUGGGUUUAUCUAUUGAGCAUGCUUGAGAAUUCAUUCAUUGAUGUUGUUAGAGUGGUAUUUGGGUACAGUUUGGUCUGAUUGGGACCAUUUGAUUGCGCUAAGAAUCAUUGGGAGUCUAGGCUACACUGAAAAUAUACCGUCCUUAGUUUGAAUCAGCAUUGUUAGACUGGAACAUAGUUUGCUUAAAUCCACCCUAAAUUCAAUGGAUUUAAUUUUUACUGUGUUGUGGAGACCUAACUUAAUUUGGUAGAGCUCAAGUGUACAUGAAUAUAUGGGAUAGACUGUUGCCAAUUUAGGAAAAUACAUAUUUUCAAGAUUUAAGAAAUACAGACAUGCUAAAUAGAGUGUGAGAGUAAGCAUUUGUCUGGAUGAUGGGUUGGGAGUGGUUAAGGAGGCAGGCUGGAUCUAGCUGGAUGAGGAUAUCUUGCCCAUGGUCAACCACGACCAGAAGAUAAGUUUGAUCCCUAAAUGGUAAUACCUCCAGCAAUUCUUUUAAGCCUCAAUCGGGAAUGUGGAUUUUGAAAUAGACAACACCGGCUUUAUUAUUUUAUCUGAGUUUUUUUUUGUAUGUGGAGUGUAUGCUUUGUUCUUUUCAUUCAUAUAUGUAUGUCUCUUAUUUUAGUCAAUAGACUCGUUAUUAUGCAUCCAUUAUUUAGUUUUAUUUUCCCAAUCAAGAUUGCAUUCAUUUCCCUAGCCUUGACAGCUCAAAGUUUAUAAAAUUAAUUUUCCUGCAAGCAUUCAUCAACUCAGCGAACAUUAAAUGAUCAUACUUUCUCGUCCUGUGCUAUAGUUAGUAAUGAUUUAAUUAGCAUCAUCAGUAGUCUCUUGACAUGAAAUCUUUAAUCUGCAGAGAUAUUUCUCGAGGGAGAACAAUGGAAUGAUGGGCUACUUGCCACGAUUCGGGAAAGGGUACACAUAUUUAUUUGUAUCUCAUAUGAUCCAGUUUUGUUUGUGCAUUUCAAUAUUGUGCCUCCUUGUGCAUCAUGGACCUUUUGAAUUUGAUAUAUUUUAGCAACAUUCAUUUGCCUCAUCUUAUCUCAAUUUCAUUCUCAUGUUUCCCUUCCUGUUCACUGAGAAGCAGUUUCUUAUUUCUUCUGGGUGAAAUCGUCUCGAUUGCAUCAGAGAUUGUUUUAGGGUACUGGAUUUCUUUAUUUCAACGCUGUCAGCAAAGGUCAUUUCUAGUGUGUCGUCCGCUUGAAAAUGGUGCCAGAAAGCUGGCUGAUUUUAUUUCUCUACUUGGUUUUAUUCUCACAGUUGGAGUUGUGGAAGAGCUUGCUGCUGAAUAGUUUGUUUUUUGUAGACCAGGUUCACAUGGAAGCUGAUCGGAAAGCAAUGCCAGGUCAAGAAAGCAUGCCACCAGAUCCUCAUUUCCUAGGGAAAAUUACAUACAGAGUUGGAAAUAAGGUAAAAUAUUACCAUGCCUCUAUUGUUGUAGAUUCACAAGGUAUGAGUCAUGCUAUCUUCGUUGACACUUUACAUGUUGCGUCUGUUAGCUUUAGGGGAAAACAUAGCUACAAAGUUCGAGCAAAAAAAAUAAACCGACUUGUUUUGGUCCUUGAGAAACUGUAGUUCCUUAACUCAUUCUUGGUUGAUAUGUAGAGCAUGGUCCCUUCUCCUUUUCUUUUUUCUUUGAAACCUCUAGAAUGUUUUUCCGACUCAUGGUGGUACUAUCUAGUUCAUACUGGGAGUCAUAAGCUUGACGAAACAGCUCCUAUUUUCAAGGUUAUAAAUUUUCAACGAGUUUAAUGUUCUACUGUCCACUGCUCAAAGUUUAUAUAUGCCAUAUUUCAAUGGAUUGACAUAAUUUUUCUACCGCAUGUACAUUUCAAUAAUGAUGGUGUUUUUCCAAAAUUAAACUUUGUUGUUCAGCAUCUUGAACUCCCCAGCAUUCCAGAUAUUCAGGUUGCCAGUUAUGAUGUUCUUUUUGUCACUAUUGGAUGUAUCUUGAAGUUUCUUAAUGCUCUGAACUUCCAAGAAUCACGUAUAGCGUAUGAAACUGGUUUGCGCAUUCUGAUGGGCAAGGGGACUAGAUGAUUAUGAUGCCAAGUAGACUCUCAUGUUUUUUUUCUCAUCAUGAUAUUAGGUCUGAAGCUGUGCAAUGAUUUUAGUAAAGUUUAUAACCAGAUGGAACUUGGCAAACUGUUUUUUUUUUUUUUUUCUGUAUUUCUUAACUCCAGUGACGGCAGUCAUUGUGGUCUGGCAAAAAAAAAAAAAAAAAAGAAUUUUAUAUUUUAUGUAGAUUUUUUUUAUUUUUUUAUUUAGUAUCAUCAAAGGAGGAGCCUAUCUUUUCCUCUUCAUUUUUCUUUAAUUGGUUCUUCUGACCAGGUAAUCUGUUGCCUGGAGGGUGCGAGGAUUGGGAUUCAGUACGAGACGUCCUUUGCUGGUAAUCAUGCUGUGUCUCUUGGGACUCGAUUUUAUAAGGUCUGAUGUAACAUUUAUAAUAAUCUGUUUUAAAUGUUUCCGGACAUUAGACGAUUUGAUAGAGCAGUCAUCUAUGUUUUGGAGAAAAUGAAUUAUUAGGUCAAUACACCAAAAUAACGUUGGUCAACCGAUCACUUUUGGACUAUUAUUAGAGAUUACGACUCUCUGAUUUACCCAGUAUUGUUUGCAAUUUCCAAAAACCUCUUCCAUUAAUUAAAACCCUAAUUGGAAAACGAUUCGGCAGCCAGCUGAAGCAUCUGUGGACACAACAUCAGGGGUUGCAUUACGUACAGCCCCAGUUCUUCCUGUUCUUCCUGUUCUUCCUCCUUUUCUCCCACCCCACCGUGCAACAGAUCAGAGCUCUAUGUGCCAGAGGCUGACUUGGUUAUGUUUUUAUUAGAAAGCCGAUUUGGACUGUGAAUAUAUUUUUAUUUCAUAUAGUGGAAUUAUUUAUUGAACAAGGUUUCUAAGGUUUCUAACUUUCAUAAUCUACAUUUAUGUUCUACAGGAGAGCCCUGUGAAAUCUAUCAUUGUGUUCUUGAAAGCAAAUCAUUUCUGGAGAAAAUGACUGUCGCUGAGCACACAAUCCCCUUUUUCCUCCCUGUGAGAGAAGUCGAGAAUGAUCUUCUCUUCUCUAAUGCGAUUGUGAGGAUCCCUCUCCACUAUUUGGUUCGUCUGGUAUCCCACUCAUUUUUCAACGGGAGCUCAUUUUUCCAAUGUGGUUGUUUAUUCCCAGAAAUUCAUCGAUUACAUUGGAGACAUUCUUCAGGCCUACGUUGACCGAAGGGAGCAGGUCUUCCCUUCUCCUGCAUCAUUAUCUCCUGUCUGCUUCAUCAGACCCACACGUCGUCUGCCCUAAUUUUUUUCUCCACCGUUUUCUGCUCAUUCUAAUGGAGGUAACCAGGGCCCUCAUGCCGCUGACUUUUUCUGCCUCAUCCAGAUUCGCGUCCUCAAGGAGUUGUAUGGCAACCAAAUCAAGGAGCUGUACCACAGCCUUUCCUGCAAUCUGAUCGAAUUCGUGGUUGAACAUCCCAGCUGGUGAGUUCCUCUUUGACCCAGGAAACUAGAAACUGGGUUGACCUAGGGGAAGGCUCUCCAUCAUCAUAUUUCUUGAUAAGAUCUUAGAUCUGAUCCGUUGUUGGUCUCUCAUUUCGGCAGCGGCAGAGUGACCUUCAGCCUUAGAUACGGGGACCUCGGCUCCACCACGCCGAGCAGAAUCAGGGUGCUGGUGUGGCCGGUCAGCUCCUCCCCCAGGGGCUCGGCGGCGGAGGGGAGGGGCGCCGCCGCCGCGUCGUCAUCGGCUCCGCCGGGGCCGACCCGCCUCUCCUUCGCUGAGGAGGCGCUGAGGGCGGCGAGCCUCCCGGAAGGUCGGUUCCAUAUAUUCAUCUGCUCCUUUGUUUUUUUCUUCCCCUUCCUCCUCACCGUCUCUCAGGUCCCCCGUUGCUUCUUCCCCAGCAUUCGCAGAGGUCCUUCUCAACCUGCCCAAGACGCUCCUGCAACCCGUUCCGCCUCCCUGAACCAACCCGUUCUUCUUCCAUUGCUUCCAGGGGGGAGAGAGAGAGAGAGGGAGAGAGAUUACUUCGAUGUCAUCAGAAUUUCAACAUAAACAUAUGUUUUCUUCAGCUUCUUCCUCCCCGGAGAUCAGAAUCAGCAGGCAAAGAAGAAGCUUCACCCACCGAACAGACAGAAGCAGCCACAGAAAAAGAAACACCCCCUCCCCCCCUCCCCUCCCCCCCUUACCAAGAGACUACCGUUGACCAGCGAGUGCCUACACUAAAGCAACUUAAACCCCCUCAGAGUGGAGUAUCAUCGUUCCAAUUAGCAUAGUAAGAGACAAUAGCUUCAUUGCGCUUCUACUACGAUCUGCAUCACAGGCCAGAAGCUCAGUGCUCCAGCGAGUCAAGGUAGAUUAUUUUAUACGGUUGAUUGAAGAACACAAAGCUACGGUUACAAAGCUGGCGGAUCAUCCGGCACUGCAAGGAAGGAGAUAGUUAGAGGAAGAAGAGGAAGAAGAAGAAGAAGAAGAAGAAGAAGGAACCCACCUUCGGUGUAUUCAUCUCUGAGCCAAUCUUGUGAACAGACCAGGGCCUCAAUGACAUCAGGGCUCAAUCUGCUGCGGAAUCGAUCGAGCCCCGUUCCACUGGUGCUGAACGCGGCCUCGGACAGGACGGUCGACGCCGGGAUCGAUAAAUAGGUGCGAGCCAUCUUGGAGAGCACGGGGUACACCAGAGAAUUAUCAUGCCACCAUUUCAGAACGUCGAAGCUCUUCUGGUUCAGCGGCACAACGCUCUCGCCCAGGUACCGAUCCAAAUCCGACUUCGCUUCCUUCAAGCUCUGCUGGCUGA